GUAGAUCGAGCGUAAUGGAGCUUUUGUACAUGAUCUUAAUUAGUUCUGUGCUUACCUGUGUUUCUCUCUACUAUGUUUUUAACAAUAUCCAUGUCGCCGGCGGCAUGAAAAAUGUAAAACUUGAUCGUCAUCCGCUCCCACCUGGAAGCACAGGAUGGCCAAUCAUCGGUGAAACCCUGGAGUACCUAAGCACGGCUAAAAAGGGUGUCCCGGAAAAUUUCGUGUUAGACAGGAUAAACAAGUACUUGUCAUCCGCCGGCAAUUCUUGCAAGGUUUUCAAGACAUCGCUGUUGCUUCAAGACAUGGCAGUGCUGUGCACUGCGGGAGGAAACAAGUUCCUCUUUUCGAACGAGGAAAAACUGGUCAAGUCGUGGUGGCCGGCUUACUUGGAUAAGCUUAUCGUUGGUAACUCAGAAAAAACACUCAAUAUUACUGAGGAGUCCAAUCGAUUUCGCAUGAUUCUCGCUCCGUAUCUGAAGCCUGCCGGCCUCCAAAAGUAUAUAGGAACCAUGGAUUCGGUCACCAAAAAAUAUUUGGUUACCUAUUGGGACCAUAAAGAUCAAGUGAAGGUUCAUCAACAUGCAAAGAAAUAUGCGUUUACGUUGGCAUGUAAACUCAUGUUAGAUACGGAGGAUCCACAACUAUUGGGCAUACUACAAAGGCUAUUGAAGGAUUUGUCUUCUGGGUUCACGGCAUUGCCAAUCGAUCUUCCGGGCACAACAUUUAACCGAGCCAUUCGAGCAUCGAGGCAACUCAGGGAAGAAAUUGAGAAGAUUGUGGUUGAGAGGAGGAUACAGCUUUCCACUGCUAGUGCCAAUAGUAUGGUCGACGAAGAUGGUGAUCACGGAGAUAUGUUGUCGAGCUUAUUGAUGGAGACAUAUAGUGACGGGAAACAGAUAACCGAAUCGGAGAUUGCCGACAAGUUGUACGGUGUUAUAGUUGCUGGCCACGACGGUCUAAGCAGUGCGUUGACUACCAUUAUGAUGUAUCUGGCGGAGCUUCCUCAAGUCUAUGAUGCCGUGUUUAAAGAACAAAUGGAGAUUGCAAACUCAAAAGCAGCAGAAGAGCUGCUGAACUGGGGAGACGUACAAAAGAUGAAAUAUUCAUGGAGCGUGGCAUGUGAAGCAAUGAGAUUGUUGCCACCAAGUCUUGGGACUUUUAGAGAGGCCACGACCGACUUCGUUUAUGAAGGACAUCUAAUACCAAAAGGAAUGAAGUUGUAUUGGCAUCCGCAUUCGACACACAAAAACCCAGAAUGCUUCCCAAAUCCAGAAAAGUUUGAUCCGUCGAGGUUUGAGGGACAAGGACCACCUCCUUUCGCAUUUGUUCCUUUCGGAGGAGGACCUCGAAUGUGUCCCGGCAAAGAAUACGCUCGACUCAAAAUACUGGUGUUCAUGCACAACGUGGUCACCAAAUACAAGUUGGACAAGGUUUUUCCUGAUGAGAAAUUCAUAUGGACUCCUGUGCAUCUUCCUACGAAAGGACUUCCAAUAAAGCUUUUCCCUCACAACAAAUCCAAAUGACAACGUCGUAAGCCCUUAAAAAUAAAUAGUGGAUGAUCAACGAUCGUAUGAUAAUAUGUAAUGAUAUUGCAAACUGAAUUUGGUUUUAGCUAUGAGCUGUUGUUAUUGUAUAAAUCUAUCUGUUUGUAGUCUACACAUGAAUCCUAUUCAUGUAUAUGAUUUCAUUAAUGAAUAAA